CGUAAGUUUCAGUGACCCUUAAGACCUCACAUAAACAAAGGUAUAAAAAUGGAUCGCAAGGAACAUAAUGUAAGUGAUUCUGAAGAUGAAGACGCCGGUGACCUUCAUUCUUCAGAUAAAAACCAUAUAACUUCCCUGGUUUCUGAAGUAGAUCCACCUGAGGCUCUGCCAGUGAUAGAAGAUGGUAAAAAGAUUUUAUCCAAGGUAAUUGCAGAUUUCGAUGAAUAUAAUCAGGUCGGUGAGCCAGGAGCUCUCCAGAAUGAAGACUUGGAUUCUGACACAGAACUGUACCUGUUUGUGAUACCAUCUGAAUUGAUAAAUCCUUAUAGUUUGAUUAACAAAGAGGUUGUUAUUGGCUCCUCAAAAGGAAAAGACCUUAUCGUGGAAGAACAACAUUGCAGAAUUGUGACCUAUGAAAAUUCCUCGGUAGCAGACACUCCCACCCUUUUCUUACCUGAUGAAAUGGGCAUGUUACAUAUUGCUAACUCUGAGAUCAAGGGUCAAGUUCUGAUCAGAAGCCAACCCAGAAACCUCGUCAGUCAACCAAAAAUAAACAUAGAUGACCUUAGAUCGGUUCAGCACAAACCACCAGCAGAUAUUAAGGAGAGAAAUUUCUUGAGUAAUGCAGGUAAUGUAGCAAGGAAAAGGACAGUUGUCGAGGAAAACGACGGAGAACUGACUCAGGUUUCGAAAAGGAAAAAGAAGAAAAAGUUUGGUUCUCAGCACAGCAAUGAUGUCAGUCAGAUUGAGGAGGCUGAAGCAACUGGUGUCGAUUUCUCUCUAGAUGCUGCCGUGAUGCACAAAAACAAGGACAAAAAGUCUAGACACAAAAAAUGUAAAAAAUCACAUCAAGACUCCAGUGUAGAUAAUGAUUAUGAGAGUGAUGACAUGUUUUUAGAUUUACCAACGAAGAAGAAGAAGAAGAAGAAGAAGAAGUCUAAAAAAUUAGAUAAUACCAUGUAAUCUUUGAAUUUGCAAUGUAAGGAAAUAAAAUGCAAUUAUGAAUA